AUAUGGCCGACAGUUGGAGACCAUGAUUACUGAAAAAUUCACGGUACUCGUGUUACUGAUAUUUCUAUGUAUGAUAUCGUUCUUCUUCUCCUUACAUGCAAAAGAAUUUCGUUAUAAGCAUUACACAUUCAGAAAGAAGCAGCGACUAGUAAGUAAUUUGCCGAAAAUAAUUAUGUCAUGUAUCCAUAAGCUUUAAACAUUUUGUUUGUGCUAAGCUUAAGCUUAUAUUUUACAGCUUAUGUUCAGUUGAUGGAGCGUGCAGUGUUUCUUAUAUGCAUAAGUCGUGAGGGCUUUGACCUAGUGCAAGACCCUGGAUGUAAGAAAAUGGAAUUGAGCGGCUUAUUCCACAAUAAAAUUAUUAAAACAUUCCUCGGCAUAAUAAACAAGCAAAUAAGAAUGUAUAAUAAAAACUCCAGUGAAAAUGGGGACGUUAUUACCUCUUUCCCCUUCUUACGGAAACGACUGAAAUUCUCUGUACCAUUUGUUUGGAUUACCAGUGCCAGGCUUCAUGUUGAGAGAAAGUGAAAAAUUUACCGGUAUUUUGUAAAUGGUACAACUAAAUCCCAUUCCUGUUUUCGGUGCCAAUAAAAACUAAUAGUACCACUUGACAGAAAUUUUUCACCAAAAUUUCCGUACAAAUGGUAAGGGCUCCGUGUCUUGGUCUUGUCCCUUUUAUAAGCAUGUAACAAAAAUGCAAAAAUUUAUAAACUAAGGAGCACUUUUUUUGUGUGUAUUAUGAUGAAAAAAAAAUUAAAUUGUGAUGAUAUGUGGGCACUUUAAUAAAUUUAGUCUAAAAUGUUCCCUCUGUCUUUCAAUUGUUUUAGGCUAAGAAGUACUCACCACUGGAAAAAGGUUGUGAAGUUAAUCAAUGUAAAGACCUUUUUGGAUUAGAGUUGAUCAAGUGUACAAGGAAGUGCAUAUCACAGACUUGUUAUGACGAGUUAUAUGCCUGGGAUGAGGUAAAUAAAAAAGUGUCUGUCAUAUUAACUUGUUAGGCAUGUUGCAUGAUGUGUGUUCGAUCUUUGACCCCCUGGCCCCGGUUGUUCAAAAGUUGGAUAGCGCUACCCACCGGAUAAAUCACUAUCCAGCGGAUAAAGUAUUAGGAAAACCAAUUGUGCUAUCCAUUGGAUAGAUUUUUAUCCUGUGGAUAGCACCAUCCAAUGUUUGAACAACCGCGGCCUGGAGGGUACUUCACCAGUAUUUGUGAAUAGGUGAGCUUCUGAGGGUUUAAAACCUUGACCCUGCUGAGGACAAAACAAAGAUCCUAUUAAAACACAUACCUGUUUAUGACACAAUAAACUCAACUUGACGUCUUGUUUUAAAGCCAUUUAUUGGCAAUUGCAAUAGAGCAAAUUUACAUUAUCAUUUGCUUUAUUGUAUAAAUGGAGUACAAACAAUUUCCUCGAGCAAAUCAAGUCAAUCGUACAGGCAAUGCCCUGUUUAUAAUUAGGACUUGACUAAUUAGACUUACACAAAAUUAUAUAUACCCUGUUUAGGACGGAGAGAACAAAAACCAUAUCCUGUCCUGCAGCACAUCCCCAUAUAGGCCAUACAAGGGAAUACAUGUACACCUCCCUGGGCUUUGACUACCUGUAAAUGCUAAGUGUGUGAAUCCCUGUCCAAGCUUUUGCUUUAACUCUUUGCUGGGCCACACAUGUUGUGCACUUCUAAGCAACGUUUUCACUGCUUUUCCAUUACACGUCAGUUCCUGAAACAUUCAUUUUUCUUUUCACAAGGCACCAAUGACUGCUUUUGUCAAGUUUAAUGCUGAUAUAUCUUGUAGAAUUUCUUAUUCGUUUUUUUUUUUUUUUUUUUUUUUUUUUUACUGCAGAAAAUUACAUGUAUUAUUUUAUAGUUUCUAUUUUUUUUUUCAUCUGUUGUUUAUUUACCUACUUAUUUACCAGUUAUCAUAAUUAUUUCUAACUGUUCAAUAUUCUUUUUCUUUAUUUCAAGCUUGAGGAAGGUGAGAUUGAUGUACGUCUAACUUCAUUCAAGGGUUGCGUUGUGAAGCAGCUCCAGGAACAGGAGAGCAGGAAUCGUGGAUUAUGAUGUUACUAAUAAUGGACUAUCAAAAACCAUAUUAAACCUGUGAUGGGUAAUGUGACUGCAGCUGAAACAAAUCUCACUCACACCCUAAAUGCUCAGAAUGACCCAACAAGCUUCAUUCAAAUAUAAAAUUCAUGCACAAACUUUGAAUUCCACUGUGCCAUAUUUCAUUGUAACAAAGGACAUGUAGGUAAUGGAAAUAUAGGCUACAGUCUAACCUGAGUCUUUACGGACACCUAUACAAUGCGGACACCUCUUUAUUAUGGACAGUUCGUUUGGUCCCAGAAAUGCCAAAAAACAUGCAUUCCCUACAUCUAUAAUACGGACACCUCUGUAAAGCGGACACUUAAUUCUGUCCCUUUGGUGUCCAUAUUGAAAGAGGUUUGACUGUAUUAUUUUGGGGGGAUAAAGGACCACAAGUGAGUCAAGUCCUUUGUGAUAUGGGUUUUUAUUGGCCAGUUUACAGUCAUACAAAAUUAAUCUGAAACAGUGUGCAGUAUAAUUUAUUGUGCCACAUUGUGCGAAACUUAGAGCACUUUCCCUAAGUCAGAACUGGCCGGCCAGACCAUGACUGAAGAAGUCAUUUUAACAAUGAAAUAGGGGGUUUUUUUUAAGAGCUUUUACUGAAAAACCACCUCCUUCUUGCAUAGUAUUUAGGAUUUGACCUAUCUGGUUGGAUAGUUUUGACUAAAAGUAAAAUUCUCAUUACUACGGGAAUGGUCCAGAUGGCUGCUCAGUUCUGACAAAUGGAAAGUGCCCUUAAUAGUGCAAUAUGGAACGAUUCAAUGACAGUGUUAUGAUUUUAAAUUCAGUUGUAAUCAUGACAAUGCUGGACAUUCUUGCUAAAAAUCAACCGGUAAACAUAAAUCCAGAUUGCAAUGCCUAAAUAGUGACAGGACACCCAGGAAGCCACGGGACACCCAUAGAUUACUGUGCUGCUUGCCUGGGGGAUCACAGCAAUUGGGAGGAAGCGGGUUAGGCUCUUAUUCCAUUAAUAAUAAGACAUCGUUUUAUUUCAAGUAAACAAAAUAACCUGCUUUAUUACUAAUUUAGUAAACAUGGAGCAUUAUUAUCAUUUUUUCAUUGCAGUUUAUAAAUGAACACCUUUGUACACCGUAC